CCCCUCCCUCGUCAUCCUUCGCCUUCUCUUCGCCGACUCUUCGUCCUCUCCUCCUCGUCGAUCUUUCUACGUCUCGCGUUCUUACCACCUACGUUCGUCGAGAGGGAACCGCGCGCUUUGCCACCGCGCUCCGGUCCGUCGCGAUACGCUUCGAACCAGCACCUCGCGCGAAAAUCACCACGCGAAAGUUUCGAGCAUCGCACCGAGCAAUCGCCGGAGAAAGAAGCACCAUCGACAUGAUAGAGAACGCACCAGCGGUCCUCGCCGAUGCCACGUUUCCACAUGGGGAGCACCGACAACAUCACCAUCACGUUUGCCACGCCGUUGCUCCUCCUCUUUGCCAGCGAUCCUCGCGUUUUGAAUUAUCGUCGUCGUCGUCGUCGUCGUCGUCGUCGUCGUUGCCGACCAGCACGCUUCCCAACCUCGUCGUCGUCGAUCAAUUUCCAAAUCAUCGGCUUCCCAAUCACCUCGAUUUCCCGCUAACCAACAUCGUGGCCACGACCAGCGUCUUCGCCGCGUCCGAGAGCAGCUUGCCCGUCCUCGAAACGUCGGACAACGAGCAAACCAGCUACACGCUCGACUCUGCCACUCCGCUCGAACCUCGUUCAUCCGCCUGCCAUCGGCCGCGCUCCUCCGUCGCUUGGUUCUCUCUCGUUCGUCGACGAUGUUCCAACAUUUGCGAUUGGCUGCCGAGGAUGUGCUCAUGCCUAGACACCGACAGCACGCAGUUCCUCGGCAGUUCCCCGUCCGCGCGCAACUAUCAACGACUCAGCCCCAAGGGUUCUGGCAAUCUGUUCGCCAACAACCGUCCGGCCGGUAGGCUGAAGAGACUCCCUCGGCGAGUCGAGGAAAACCAACCCAGCGACCAACAGACGGAGAAACUGCGUUUCUACUGCGACGACGACGACGACGGCGGCGGCAACGACGACCACGCGUCGUUGGAUCUGACGGUGGAGAACGACCUCCGCGCGGUCGACCUCUGCGAGCUCCUCAAAGCGAAGAGGCACGCGCUCGGUGUCGACUGGUCGAUCGUGGAGACGUGGCCAGAGUUGGGGAUAGAGCGAGCGCUGGAGGACCACGAGGACGUUCUGGCGGUGCACAGGGAGACCAGGGCGUUCACCUCGAGCCGCGCGCGAAAGUUCGUCUUUCGCCGGGACUACCUCAAGUACGAGUUCUUCCACGAUACGGAGCGAUUCUUUUCCACCGAGAUGAUCGACGUUCCAGCGGUGAUCGCGGACGACUGCCAGACUGCGUUGGCCCAAGCGGAAGCAGCUAUACGACCAUCGCUUUUCCACCGGUUUCAGAGGUACCUCGAGGACGAGCGAGCGACCGAUUAUCCGGAGAUAUUCGGCGUUGCCUGGAUACGGAACAACGGACGUUUGAACGUCUGGAGGAGGAUCCACCUGCUCCUUCGAGAUCGAAAGCUCUAUCAAACGAAAAAGAAGAGCAGGCAAGCGUGCCCGUUGGUCCACCUGUCGGACUACACGGUGUACAAGAUCGCGAACGCCAGGAAGAGGUACAGGGCGCCGUUCCCCUGGGGCAUUUGCUUGAGGCCGAGCAGCGGCCAAGUCGCCGACGCCAUCGUCGCCGAGUCCAACAUCACCACCGUCCACGCGGGAGAAGCCGGGCUCAAGGUCAUUGCUUUUCACAGUGAAAAAUCCCGCGCCUGCUGGCUCACGGCCAUGAGGCUCGCCAAGUACGGCAAGCAACUCAGGGAAAACUACAGAGCCUUCAAGAACAAACAGUGUGAACAAACCGACGGUCCAAAGGAUCGAUACGUCAACUACAACGUGUCCAACGAAUCGGUACGGUCUCGCGUGGCCAUGGACUUUACCGGCAGCGUAGGGAGGAUCGUCGACGACCCGAAGGAGGCGAAGAACAUCGCCGAGAACGAGGGCGUGAACUGGCGGCGCACCUGGAGGCCGUUCUCGAGGCCGCCGCCGAGCUGCGCGGUGGUCAGGCUGCACGGGCUCGACGACGGUAUCCACGUUUUGCAACCGUGGUUCCACAGAGGGCUCAAGAGAGACAUCGCCGCGGCAAUCGUCCGUGACCAGGGCUCCGUCGACGGCGUGUUUCUGGUACGCGAGAGCAAGAGCAACUUGGGUGCCUACGUGCUCACCUACAAGUACAGCGAAAAGGUGUUUCACGCGCAGAUUCAGCCGGUUUUCGACGAACGAUGCAACUGCUGGCUGUACACCCUGGACAAAGGCGUGACCAGGUUCUACGAUCUGCUGCAGCUGAUCGAGUUCUACCAGUUGAACGCGGGUUGCCUGCCCACCCGGCUGACCCAUUACGUGCAGAACGGCGUGCCGGAGAUGCUACCGAUGCCGGUACCGGUGGCGUUGUCGCAGUCUGACGACGGUUCGCCACCGUCGCCGACGGAGCUCGAUCAGCCGCGAUUCGUCGCCGGCGGCGACGGCGAGCUUUCCAACAACGCCGCCUCGUCCAACACUGGACUGGUCGGUCACAAGAGCAUCUGAAGAUAGGAAUUCCAGCGGCCCGCCAGCGUCGAGCAGCGUCUCGUCGUCCCGACUGCCGACUGUUGCUCGCUCGACUGCGCUUCUCCAUCCAACGGGGAGAAAAUCCCCAGCGAGAACGUUCGACCCGCGCGCUCGGGUUGCUGGAGCCUGUGCCUGUGCAGCUACAGCAAGUGGAAUCUGUAGCGCGAAAAAGAAUUCAUCAUCACCUCGUUCCGGCGUUUGUUCGGUCACGCUGUUCACGUCAGCGAGACGAGGCAGACAAGACAACAAGAAGAAGAUAGAAGAAGAAGAAGAAGAAGAAGAAGAAGAAGAAGAAAUCGCGUAACUCGCGUAACUCUCUCUUGGCGUUUGUCGUCGCGUUCAAACUUUUGGCGAAUCGAUCGCCGAUUCGUCGAGGUGUUUCGCCGGCGUUUUCGAAAAUCGGCAUUGAUAGCGGUUCAUCAAUCCCGACGUUUCGAGCCCGGUGGCAUCGACGAUCGUUUCCGUCGAUCGGUUCGCCGAGGGGCGAACGCGUCGACCAAGAAACGAGAAAUCAAGAGCAGCAGCGAUCGAUAGCCAGCCGUCGUAGCGAGCGAGGAAGAAACAGCGAGGAGGAGAUCAAUCGUCAGGGUAGUUUGUGCGUUGCCCUGUUUCAGAAACAACGUCUCGUUGGUGAUGUCAGAGGGCGAUGAUUAAUCAUCGAUGCGAAUAACGAUGAAAUAUAUAUAAAUAUAUAUAUAUAUACAUAUAUAUAUUUUGUACGAACCGUGUGGUGUAGUAGAGAAUGGACGAAUCGAGGCUCCGCGUUUCGCGAGCUCUCGGCGUCCACUCGUUGAACGAAAUAAAAAAGUUAAUCGACAAAA